CGCAUCGAAAUCAGCACCACACUCAUCUCCCAAAAGAUAGCGACAAGUCGCAUCACAAAACCGCCAAAAUGCCACUAAUAACCACAAUCCACGAGUCCCUCCCAUACAUUGACCCGGAACCCACCCCCUCCGAACGCUCCGCCGCCGAAGCCCUCAUAGCCGCCGAACGCUCUCUCCAUCCCGACGACCCCUUUCACGCCCUCCUCCCCCCUCCACUCACGCCCUCUUCCCAUAUCACCCCCCUCCUCGAAUCCGAAUUCGACCGCAUCGCCUCCCACGUCCAAGCCAACCCCGACGGUACACAAGCCCCGCCACCAAAACUCUCUGCCCUCGACCUAGCCCGCUACUCCUCCCUCCCCGAGAUCCCCUCCGCCUCUGAACUUGCAGGAAUGGACAGCUCCGAAGCCACCACCCUUCUUUCUUCUUUACUUGGAAAAGCCUACACGGACCACGCCUACGUUGCGCAGCGGCGCGCGCACCUAGCUUUGCUGGACGCGUACGGCAAGAACGCGUGGCUGAUUGGCAACUGGCAGCUAGAGGGGGAGCUGAAGGCUAUAGAAAAGGAAUUGGUGAAGGCGAAGAGGGAGAUUGAUCUGGUAACGCUGCAGCGGAAACAGGCGCAGGACGAGGUUGGACCGGAGAUUUUGGGACUGGAGGAUACGUGGAAGAAGGGCGUGGGUAGGGUGUUGGAGACGGAAGCGGCUGUGGAGGGGUUGAGAAGGCAGGUUUUGGAGGUUAGGAGGGGGAUGGAGUAGGGGGUGGCAAUUCAAGAUGGAGAGGAGAUUUUGUGGCUUUGGUUUUGUCCUGGGUUUACAGGCAAGGUACGAAGUGUUUGGCUGUAUAGACACAUUGGGGAAAGAAAGGCUCGGUGAAGCAUCAAUCUGCAUCAGAGGAGGGCGUGUCACGAUAGGCGACGAAUGAGCUCGACAAGGACCAUGGAAUGAACUGCUAGGUACCUAAUUUGCAAAGAAUCCCCCGGGGGAUAGACAAUGGAUGAGAGGGGAGGUAACACCAAAACAACACAAUAAGCACAAUGAAACUCGGU